AUGCCGCUUCCGCCUGCGGUCGACAAAUUAUUGCAAGAUGUGGACAAAAAAUUACAUGAGGAUAAUGCUGUGACCAAUUUAUUGGCACAAAUUGAAGCGAAGGCGGGCAUUAAACGGUUGCAUCUUGUACUUGGUUUUGCUGGAAUCCAUGCUCUGUAUUUGAUAUUUGGAUCUUUGGCUGAACUUUUAUGCGAUAUUAUUGGCUUUGUCUAUCCGGCUUAUAUCUCAAUUAGAUCAAUCGAAACUUUUCAUAAGGAUGAUGGCGCACAGUGGUUAACUUAUUGGAUAAUUUGUGCAUUGUUCAAUAUCGCAGAAUAUUUUUCAGAGACUUUCGUAGUAUAUUUUCCGCUCUAUUGGCUCCUCAAGUGCACCUUUCUGCUAUACUUGUAUUUGCCAAUGACGAGGGGUGCGCAGAAAGUUUACUAUCGUUUCAUACAGUCAUUCGUACAGAAACAUCAGUCAGCUCUUGAGAAACAAAUGGGUCGUGUAACCGAAAAAUUGACAGAUAAACUUGAUGCAGUACGCCAAGAAUUUGAAACGCAUGUAAAACCGAAUUAA